AUGCAAUCCUGCUUAUUUAUCACUCUUCUUGUCGCUGCCAGCGGCGUCUUUGCAGUGCCAGACGGACAACAUCAGCCCAGUGACUACGCCUCCGAAUCAUAUGCCCCGCCAUCAUCUUACUCUCCCCCUGCCUCACACCCUUCGUAUGGUGGCGGUUCAUCAUUCCCUAGUCAUCCUUAUCAGCCACCUCCUUACCACCCUUCCCCUAACAUCCCGCGUCCUGGCCGCCCUGGACAAGGAGGCGGUUUCGGUGGUAUGAUUCCCGGGAUGGGUGGCCUUGGAGUGGUCCCUGGAUUUGGUGGCUUUGGAAACGGCGGCGGACUUGGUGUGCCCUUCGGCAUGAUCCCAGGCUUUGGAGCUGGCGCAAACGUUGGGGCCGGUUUUGGAGCGAACGUAGGCGCAAAUGCUGGACUCGGCGGCAUACCCGGCGGCUUCGGCGGCUUCGUACCAGGUGUUGGCGCUAACGGGCCGGUGCCAACGUAG